AUGAGUGCCGCCGAUGGUUCCGCCGGAUUAAUGCAGCGUGAGGAGGCGGCCUCACUGGUUGGGGAUCUCAAGAGUGCCCUUGCAGCCUUUAAGCGUAGCCAAUCCGAUGGGAAAUCCCAGCGCCUGUUCAUGGCAUUGGACCGUGUUUGCGUAGCAUUCUGCUUUGGGGACGAGGAGUUUGUCCGACGUCUUGAGGUCGAACGCUACGCAGCGGAGCUGGUGUCAACACUUAAAACUGUUUCUCAAAAAGAUUUUGCUCGACUGCGUUCGCUCGUGGUACAGGCUCUCGCACUACUGGCAGACAUUGUGCCGCGCGGUGGUUUGGCGGUUGCGACGGCGAAAGGUGUUCCGCCGUUGUUGUGUCUUCUUAACGACGUUGCGCCUCCUGGCAAUGAAGCGCUUUUAGAGGAGGUGCUGAAAUGUAUUAGUCACGUCUCGCUUGAGGCACACACGGCGGUGGUGCAGGCCAAUGCGGUUUCUGUCAUUGCCUCCUUGGAGGCGAAGGUGGAAGCGCACCCUCUGCGUAUGAUGUGUCUAAAGUGUCUCUGUCACCUCCUCGGGGCAGCGCGGCUGAAGGAUUGGAACAAGUAUCUUCUAGUGCCUUGCAAUGCCCUUGCGGUGCGGUUUAGCCAGCAGGCGAGACAGUUGGUGGGGGAUGCCAAGGAUCCAGCCGCGGAACGCUUCUCGAAAGAGAAUGGAGCGUAUAUGCUGCGCCUCAUUGAGUGCGUUGCCCUCAUUUAUGACCGGAUAUUGCGCUCACGAGAGCAGCUUCUUAAGAAUAGUAGCAUCCUGGAGCAUUCGGUGCCGGCGUUUGUCACUGUUUUAGUAGGAACUGUUUCAAUGGGUGCCCAAGGGUCGACGCUUCGCGACGCCGUCUGCUCACCGUUGCUGACCCUUUUCUUCACCGAUCCCAUGAUCGCGGUGAAAAUGUUCCUUAAAUAUUACGUCUUGCACUCCGUCUGCAAAAUUUUGAGCGCGCUGGCGGAGAGAAGAACGAAACUCUUCUCACACAGUGGUGUGGGACUUGCUGAGGCCCUUCUCCAGAAUGACGCCAGUGUCAUUCCCUUCAUGGCCGAGGAACAGCAAAUUAUUCAUUUGUUGGAAUUUUUGCUGGUAGUCACACCAGCUGCCAUAUUGGCCCGUGAGAGUGACUACUAUGUUACACUGCCGCACUUUAUUUGGCAUUGUGAGGACGACUUUCACAAUCGAAAUGAUUGCAGUGAUAGUUUGAGUAGACAGCUGGAAGGCGAGUACGAAAUCCAACGUAGAUGUAAAGCGUUCACGCAAUAUGAGAUUUCUUAUGGGACUCGCGUCCUCAAGGUUGACUUUAGCGACAUGCAAUAUGUGAGCAAUGAUCUCUCUUCAUACCCACACGGCUUUGGUCGUUAUGCAUUUCUUUCCGGUUAUAUCCACAGACGCCCCAUGUUCUGUAAUUGUGGGGAGGACGCACUUGUGGAUGCGGCCAUCAUUCCCCAGCAUCAGGGCAGCUGCUUAGCUGAGGCGCCAAACCGAGGGACCCGGUGUUCGCAGAAUCCUCUGGUGUCUAGGCCGACAAGGGGAAACGACGCCGUUAAUGCGGAGAUAUUUCCCGUCAUCGUAUUACAAGGAACGGAAGUUCCGUCAUCCCUGAACAUGCCCCAUACGAGUCGCUUGAAGGAGACUGCUACUGAGCGCGUGGUGAAUGAAAAGGAGGGUGCUUUUUGUUGUGUACUUCUGCCACGUUUUUGGAAAAAGCGAGGGCGAAACGCUGCCGGGGUUAGACAGAGAAAUGAAAGGAACUCCAAAAAGUAUCUUUUUACCCGCGAGAACUUUAGUCAUACUCGUGAGGGGCUUUUGCGUGACCCUGCUACUCGUGUACAUUUUCUACAGGACGCCAUGAUCCAAAUGAUAGUGUCGUCGUGCCUUCCUGUCUUGGAGUCUGUCGUCAAGGAAACGGUGAGUCCCGUUGUCGCGCGUCACUGCUCUAUUUUGAUACUUCGAUGCAUCGAUCUCACGGUGGAAUACUUUCGCAUGGGCAGCACGUGCUUGCACCCAAAGAACAAGGAAGAUCUAUUUGCGCGGUUUAAUCUCCUCCGCUCUCGCCUGGGAACGGUGUUGUCUUACUUGGCCACGACAAAUACGACACAAUCGUUAACGGCAUAUGUGCAGCCUUUUAAGGAAAAUCAAUCGAAUCAGCCAGUUUUGCGUGCCCUGACAUUAUUGGGGUUCACCCAACACUCUCGGCUUCCGGCUAUGACGCUAAGGUGUGAAAUACAAAUGAGUGCGUUGAGUUCGCUUUUGAUCCUGCAGCACGCCUAUCGCGUCGGGAUGUCCGUCUUUAAUAAUAACCAGAAGCUGUUUCUCCGUCGAAUGCUGGAGACUCUGACUGAUCGUGUGAGUCGACAUCAGGGCGUCCUUCGGAGUUCACUGCAUGGCAGCACGGGAGCUGCUCCGUGCCCUUUUCAUGGUACCCCGGAAAAGUUGGAGGGGACGUAUGCGAAACUCCUCGAGCAAGUGAUUUUGAUCCUAUCUUUGGAUUUACCGAAGACGUGCAAGGGCCCUGGAGGCGCCUUGUUGAAGAAUUCGCGCGCACCAUCCCCGGAUUCUUCCAUUUUAAAUAUUGAUUCUACAAACCCUCUUGAGUUCAGUUCGGUACUCGGCACAGCAGAAGAGUCUCGGUUCUCCGAAGGUGGCAUCUUGUCUGAUAUUAUGAUGCGCGCGAGUAGGCACGUGAAUCUUAAUACAGGGCUACAACAGGUGCUUGCGAUACAUGAAUACAUGUUAGAGAGUGAAGACAAUCUCGCUUCUCUUGUGCAUGAGCAUCCCGAGUUCUUGGAGCAACUUGCGAGUGAGCUGCAGAAUAGCGUGACUCAAACUGUUUUAAACGCGGAGCUGGUGAAGGCAUUUUCUCAGGUUAGAGAGGGGCUUCUUCGGCUCAUCAAUCAAAAUUUAGGACUGGUGAACGUUGAAGAGGUCUCGCCGAUUGAGCGUCAACCGGCGAGACUGGAGCGCCGUUUUCGACGCAACAAAGUCAUGUUGGCCAUGACAAACUACAUGUGGUCCCCGCUACGGGUGAAACUGGAGCCCCUGGAGUUCACUGGAAAGGCUGGCCAACCGCCUUCUGCUGCGCGAAGUCUAUUCAUUGCCGGUGAAAAGUACACCCUUCUGGACAUUUGUCUGGCGCGAGAGUCUGUUAGCGUUCUCCCAACGACGUCGUUGAGUCACCUCGCCAAGCAAAUUCUCUUUCAGCUGCAACACCAAUACGCGGAUACAGCGAAAUUUAGGCAGGAUGUAAAAUUGGGACGCAGGCACAGUGCACCGGAGAGCAUUGAUAUACAGGAUUUGUAUUCUUUGACUGCCCCUCCUAUUCCCAUGCCGGAGGUGGACGAGGGAGAGGACGUGCGGUCCUUGUCUUUUCAGUCUUUUACACACAUGGACUUGCACGCCGCGGAGGUUCCCGAGACCGCCGGCUCCUCUAGGACAACUGCGCCACUGUUGUCCCGAGAAAGUACAUACGCGAGUGAACGAGCACUGCGUGCGGCAGCGUUGACGACGGUGACAAGUGCCCACCAAGGGCAGACGCGUAGAAGAACUUUCUGCUUCGGGGAGCCAUCCUCGUCUGAUACGGCUGAAGAAGCAAUGUACACCAUUUCAAUAAAUAACAUUGUAUUUUUCUGCAAUGGCACUCCGGUGACGGACUUGUCAGUUUCUGUAUUGGAACUGCUCUGGAAGGAUGCAACAAAGCCGGUGGAUGGAACGGCUGCCGCCACGGAUGAGAUGCAAUGCGGUGGUGAGCUGGGUGCCACGUCGGGGGUGCAACGUGUAAUGGCACUGUGGUCAACGGCACAUACCAUUCAGUAUGUCAUUGUGAAGGAGCCCUUUCUGCAAGGUGUUGACGACGUAACAGAGGAGAGCGCAUACGAUAAAGAAAUGAGCUCCCCAAGGAAGCUCUUCACACAUCUGUUAAGAUACGCGGGAACGCGGUCUUCCUUGAAGUUUGCAGCUAAACUGUUAAAUGAAUUGCGGCGAGUUUUGCUGGUGGCAAAGGUUCCCGUGAACUAUGCAGAGGGAAGACUGUGUAGCGCUCUCAUCUAUGGUUUCUACAAUUAUCUGGGUGUAUUCAUGCUACCGCCACUCCUCUGGUUUCCGCUUCUCUGCUCCUCACUGAAUGAGCAGAGGGAUCAGCACCUUGCCAGUUAUAUUCUGUGGAACUUUCCCAGCGUUUUUAGUUUAAGCAUUCGACGAGCGUUACUUCAGCUACUUUUUUCCGUGCGCCGACUCCCAACUACCGUGACGUCUAAAUUAAAGGAGGCGCUGCGUGGGGCUACGUGGCCUCUUCCCAUUCAUGGUCUGGAGUGGGUGACGCCGGAGUUGAAUAUGCACGGUACAAAGAAGGUGGUAGUACAGCGGGAUAACCUUUUGGUAAGUGGAUCCAUUGUGCUGCGGACGCACGCCAUGUGUCCUUUACCGUUGAGUGUGGAGUUUGAAAACGAAAAUGGCGUCGGUGCAGGGCCUGCGAGGGAAUUUUACAACUUAUUCGCUGCACAGCUUCAAGAGCUGCGUCUCAACAUGUGGCGAAGUGAACAAUUCAUGGACAACACUGGAGCUCUCGCAACGCGUGUGCAAGUGCCUCUGUUUCCUGCCGUGUGCCAGACCGCGAAAUCGCUGGCGUAUUUUGAACUCUUGGGUUUACUUGUGGGACGGGUGCUGCUGGAAGAGCGUGUGGUGGAGCUUCCCCUGCAUCGCUGCUUUACUCAAGGAAUUGUGGGCAACCUUGAUAAGAACCGGCUGCAUGACAUUGAUCCGGAGUUGGACCUUCACCUUACGUGGUUGGGUUCCCUCUCUGAAGAGAGACUUCUCGAUUGCGAUUUGACGUUUGUUUUGCCAAUUUCCGAUGCGGCCACGGCGGGUGAGGCGAUUGAGCUUUGCCCCAAUGGCUCCGUGACACGUGUGAGCAGGGCCAAUGUUUUCGACUACAUCACCGCGGUGCGGCAAUAUUACACCCGGAAAGUCCUUCUGAGGCCUCUUAUGCACUUCAGGCAGGGACUGCGCUAUGCCGUGAUUCCGUCCUACCUCGAACUCUUCAGUGUCGAGGAGCUGCAGCUGCUCAUCUCUGGCCCGGACGGGAAGAUUUGGGAGAAGCCAGAAGAUCUUGGGCGAAUUAUCAGCGCGGCCCACGGCUACAAUAGGAAUUCCCCCGUUGUAGCCUUCCUUCUUGAGGUGGUGAGCGGUUGGGAUGCCGCACUGCAGCGUGCCUUCCUGCGCUUCGUAACGGGUUCCUCCCGUCUUCCCCUCGGGGGGCUGCGGCCCCCGAUAACCGUCGUGCGCCGGACACUUGGGGUGGCGGCGGAAGCAGAGGGGCGUGGGGUUUUUUCAAACAACUCAUUCGGAGAGGAGACGGUUGGAAGCUUGCAAAUGCGUAUGGAUGCGUCGCUGCCGACAGUAAACACCUGUGCGCACUACCUCAAGUUGCCGAGCUACAGCAGCAAGGCCCUGCUGCAGGAGAAAUUGCGGACUGCUGUGACUGAGGGACAGGAAUGUUUCCUGCUCACGUAG